AACAUGCUUCUUAUCUUUAGGGUGUGGACCACAGGCCCUGUAGCUACUAUAAAUCUCCCCCUUAACACCUUAUGAUUUCCAAAUUAUAAGUACAUUUUUGCUUCCUCUCCUCUAAAGAAGUUCUUUUGACAUAAAUCUUUUCCAAAUAUAGUAACUCAGACUUGAAAAUGGGGGGGAUAAGAUGUUUUGGGAUAGCAAUCUUAGUUCUUAUAGGAUUUCUAGGCUCAACACAAGCUCAACUGCAGUUGGGUUUUUACUCUAAGAACUGCCCAAAAGCUGAGAAGAUUAUUCAAGACUUUGUUAACCAGCACAUCCACAAUGCUCCAUCAUUGGCAGCUGCCCUCAUAAGAAUGCACUUCCAUGACUGCUUUGUCAGGGGGUGUGAUGCAUCUUUGCUUCUGAACUCAACCUCAAAUAACCAAGCGGAAAAGGUUGCUACUCCAAAUCUGACAGUCAGAGGUUUUGACUUCAUUGACAGAGUGAAGAGCCUAGUUGAAGCUGAAUGUCCUGGCAUAGUUUCUUGUGCAGAUAUCAUUGCUUUGGUUGCAAGGGAUUCUAUUGUGGCCACGGGAGGUCCAUUUUGGAGAGUCCCAACUGGUCGAAGAGAUGGGACAAUCUCUAAUAGGUCAGAAGCCUUGAGCGACAUCCCACCUCCAACUGGAAACUUCUCCACUCUCCAGACACUAUUUUCCAACGUGGGUCUUAACUUAACUGACCUGGUCUUGCUCUCAGGUGCUCACACCAUUGGUGUGUCUCAUUGUUCAUCAUUUUCAGCCCGUCUGUAUAAUUUCACUGGUGUGGGUGAUCAGGACCCAGCUCUAGACUCUGAAUAUGCUGCCAAUCUCAAGGCAAAAAAGUGUACAAAUCCUAAUGAUAAUACCACAAUAGUUGAGAUGGACCCUGGAAGUCGCAAAACAUUUGACCUUGGCUACUACUCAAAUCUACUUAAAAGACGAGGUCUGUUCCAAUCCGAUUCUGCUUUAACUACAAACCCCACAACUAAGGCUUUCGUCACCCAACUACUUCAAGGACCAAUUCAAAAUUUCUAUGAUGAAUUUGCCAAGUCCAUGGAGAAAAUGGGCCGUAUCAAUGUUAAGACUGGGUCUACCGGUGAGAUUAGGAAGCAAUGUGCAGUAGUGAAUAGCUAGAAUUCUUUUUUUUUUUUUUUGUUCUUUCAUGGUUUUUGUACCGUGCUAGUUUGAAAUUGUUUGUUGUGUGAAUAAAUGGACAGUAGAUGGAUCGGACCAGUAUUUUUCUGCUACGUAAACAGAGAAAUAAAGGACUGUAGACCCCCCUCUCACUUUCCUUUGGGUUUUCAAUAUAUUCUGAAUAAACAGAGAAAUAAAGGACUGUAGACCCCCCUCUCACUUUCCCUUGGUUUUUCAAUAUAUUCUGAAUAAAGGACUGUAGACCCACACUUCCCUUGUUAUUUCAA